AUGGAGCCGCCGCCGCAGCCGCCUCAGGAGCAGCCGCCGCGCCCUCGGUCCCACACGGUGACCACCACCAGCAGCUCCUUCACCGCCAACCUGUCCGCCAGCUCCAGCACCCUCGCCUACGACAGGGAGUUCCUGCGGACCCUGCCCGGGCUCCUCAUGGUGGCCGAGAUCGUAUUAGGGCUGCUGGUGUGGACGCUGAUUGCUGGAACAGAAUAUUUUUUAUAUCCAGCCUUUGGCUGGGUGAUGUUUGUGGCUGUGUUUUACUGGGUUCUCACUGUCUUCUUUCUGAUCAUCUACAUGACCAUGACCUACACCAGGAUCCCACAGGUGCCAUGGACCACAGUGGGUCUGUGUUUUAAUGGGAGUGCCUUCAUUUUGUACCUCAUUGCUGCCAUUGUAGAUGCAUCUUCAGUUACCAAAGAACUGGACAGUCACAAUUACAACAGUUGGGCAACUUCUUCAUUCUUUGCCUUCGUGGUUACCUCCUGCUAUGCUGGAAAUACGUAUUUUAGCUUUAUAUCUUGGCAAUCAAGAACUUUGCAGUAAAUAUUUUGUUAAAGUGAAUUCUAUAGUAUGAACUACCUUGAGGAUUAUACUCUUGAUGAAAGCUUGGAAGAGGGAUCGGAUCUUUUCAAACGUGUCUGUUAGAACUGGCAAUAUAUUUUAACUGAGAUUAAAAUGGGUAUUUAUAAUACAAUAUCAUAUUUAGUGACACCUAACAUUGACUUUGUACUGUAUAA